GAAGUAGAUUGAUUGCUGAAUCAGCUCAAUGCCAGAUCGAGUCAGGUGGAAAAGACGUUUCGUUUUCUGUAAAAAAUGGAUCAGUUGACACGUGGUGUAGUCGUUCUACGUGACUGCGACUAAUGCGAUAUGCAAUAGCUGACAUGAUUACAUUUGGCCUGACCAGUAGAAAAUAUGUUUUUUUCAUCAAAGUCAAUAACCAGGGAUGACGUGCUCGGGGCAACCGCCUGCCUCCCAAGAAACUGAUCAACUGGACCACACACGCCACUCGGGAUGAUUUCAGGUUUCGUCCUAUAUUUGGAUUCAUCCAUGGCCAACAUGACAUUCGUCAACCUGCCCAUAAAAGCACUCCAAGACAUCACCGUUUCAGCAUUCACCAUCCUGCCCAUGUGAUGAAGUUCACCAACAGCUGAAACUUUGAGAGAGCAUCAAAAGAGGAAUUAAGAUGUCUGAAACGGGAUUUCCUGGAACCUACUCGACGACAACCGUCACACAGACGGCCACCACAGUCACCACUAAUAUCCGCUUUGAUCCGUCCUACGUUCGCACUAUUCCUGGCAUGCUGAAAAUAGCCAUCAUGGUUUUGAACAUUCUGGGCUUCAUCUGCGUCAUGGUGUCGGAAGUGAAUUGGCAUUCAAGAGCCAACUGGUUCAAUUUUUGCGCCAUGGGCGGGUUCUGGAUCACGGGUAUCCUGUUGGCGUUUUAUCUGUUUCACGUCAUCGAGAAACUGUACUUCAUUCCGUGGAUCAUGCUGGAGAUGGGUUACUGUGGCCUGUGGUGUUUCUUCAUGCUGACUGCCUCUGCUGCCUGCGCUGCCCAAGGCAGCCUUUUUGAAGCUUGGGCUGCCGCUUCCUUCUUUGGCUUCAUUGCCAUGAUUGUCUACGGAGUGGAUGCUUUCUUCAAGUUCAAAGCUUGGCGUGCUGGAGAAAUCGCCCAGGGUGAACGAGUCAGGACCGUGCAAAAGAGCGAAACCGUCGGCACUCCUGCCUAUUAAGUGUGUCUUUCAUUUUUUUAUUUCGAGCCACACCAACGUCACACAGCGAAUACAGUCCAGAACAUCAACCUCCCUCGCGUCCCUUUACCGUCGUAUGCAAAUUUACCACUAGCGAAGGAUGCAAAAAUUAUUAUUAUUAUUUUUUUUUUGCUUCCCAUGUAACUGCUUCUACACCGUUUUUUGGAACCCGUUUUUUUUGCACCCAAAAUGUUUAACAGAUACAUUUCCGAUCCCACCCCUGCUAUCGUUCUAGCAGCUUGUUGACCACUCAACAUGUGUUCCACUUAGCCACUAGUGCGUUUUUCCUCCCUUUUUUUAAAUAUACUAUAUAUCGUGCGUGUGUUUUUUCAGAUGUGUGCGUGCGAAUGACUUCUGUUUUCUUUCCGUGUGUGUGUAUGUGUCUUUUCAAAUUCCCUCCCAGCAGCAAUGCACACCACUAAUGUACCGCGCCUUUUUUUUUUUUUUUUUUUUUUUACAGAGAAAAGCUAUUGAUUGAAAUUUUAGUCUCUCGUAUACAAGUGUGUUGUUUGCUUUUGCGUUUUUGGGUGAGUGUGAAUCCAAAGGAAAUUUCGCCAUUUUCUUCCUCUCAAUAGUCGAAACAUGAUCCUCCAUCACUUGGGGGAGGUAAAAAUAGCUUAAAAGCUUCCACUACCCAUCCGAAUAUUAUUUAAUGGCUUGCUUUUAAAUAGUAUUCGAAUGGUAAUUCUAUGAAAUGCUUUCAUCGUUUCAUGGUUUUUUGUAUUUUCGAGGAAAUUUGUCGAAGCAAAACAAAUGCCGCUCUAUAGGCCAACUUCUUUUCAUUUAUCCACGUUUUCCAUGAAAUUCGUUUUUGUCCAUUUCCCUCCUUAAAAAAAAAGAAAUUGCGUUUUGUUGUAUUCUUUCAUUGUUUACCACCACCACCCAACUCGUAUGAUCUCAUCCAACUCUACCUGUGUGUAUCUGUAUGUUGUUUUGUAGGCUGGGAGUCUUUGCGUGCCUCCAUUCGCAGGACUGAGAAGCUAGAAAACGGAGACUCUCAUCAUCACCGGUGGUACAUCGCAGCUUUAAAGUAGUUCAAUAACAUCAUUGGGAAUUUUUUUUUUUUUUUACAAACAAAAAAGCCGUUCAAGUAUUAUGUGGAAAAAAAAAUAAUUCAGUGGUUCCCUCUGGUAGCAGCCACUACCAUUUUCGACAGUUUGGUUUGCCUUUUUUUUCCCCCCGUUUUUUAAAAUUGUUAUUUUUCCUUUGAUAUCCUCUGUGUGUGAGCGUGUGUGUGUGCGUGCGCGCAUUGGUUGUAGAGUGUUUUCUGGGUGGACGAGACAAAACAGUGAAAAGAACAUCGAAAAAGUCCAACAAAAAACGAGACAUUGUACUACUACAAUCGGUCGAAUUGCAGGAAUACACUCCCCACCCUCAUCAA